AUGGCAAACGCCGGCUUGAAGCUGACUCGGUCGCCGCUUGUUAGUCAGUGGAGCUGCAGGAAUUACGCCACGAGACCUAAAUUCUACAAAGAGAAGCCAAAGUACUACAAGGACGUGGCGCAGACAUACGCCAAGUUUCGUGGAGAAGUGAGCGAGCUCCGGAGAGGAUUCCGGGACCAGUGGACGGAGGAGCAGAGGAUGACGCAGACACAGUUCAGUGCUAAGGCCGCGGAGGAGGCCAGGCAAAAGGAGCUGGAGGAGACGCGGGCGUUCGAAGCCGCUGUACACGAGUUGGAAAGGAUGGCGAAGGAACGGGAAACUGCAGAACAGCGGGAGGAAGAGAGACUGUUGGAGAAGAGGGAAAAGGGUGUUGCCUCUAGACAGCAGAGAGAAGAAGAGAUACUUGACUGGGUGUCCAGGAAAACUGAGCUCAUAGAGACUUCAAGAAGCAGCUGCAUUACUGCUGAAAAUAUGGACGAGAAGAUUAGGGAAGCUCUUGAAAAUGAAGUUUUGGACGACUUUAUCCUGUCACCUUCCACCGGGGAAAAGAAAAUCAUCACUUACAAAAACAUCCAGUAGAUCAAAAUCUCAUCAUUCAGUGUCUAUAACAACACAAAUAGUCAAUCAGUGAAUAUGAGGGUGGGACUGUUUCAGUGAUCAAGGUCAAAAUUGGCCAAAAU